AGCUAUUUUGGCUCAAGCUCGGCCUGGGCAAUCUCACCUCCGGCGCCCCACGCGGGCCUGCCGGACAAGGGCAUGGCCCAGUUCUCGCCGGGCAACUUCUUGGCCUCAAGGCAGCGCGACUUUGUGGUGUUCGUGGUCGGCGCCUGCGGCCUCCUCUUCUGCUGCCUCGUGGUGCUCGUCGGCCUGCUGCGGGGCCGCCGCCUCUGCGAGGGCUCCUCGCUGGCGUCGGGCGCCCCCUGCGGCCGGCGGGCGCGCCAGGACGACGCCUUCGAGGCCUCGCUGUGCGAGGAGCUGGAGCGCCGGCGGCUGACGCGCGCCCUGCGGAUCCUCCCCUGGGCGCAGGCACUGGUCUUCGUGAACUUCUUCGUCUUCACCGUGCGCAGCGGGCUGGACGGGGGCUCCGUGAAGAGGUUCGCGUCGAUCGUUCAGGACAUCGCUCUCUGCGUCUUCAGCGGCAUAAUAUCCAUCAUGUGGGCAUCGCAGUGGGCGGGCGUCUCCGUCAUGACGGCCAGGUCUUUAGACUACUGGUUCUCUGCGCUGAUGGCCUGCCUGGUAGUGUACCUUUCACCGUAUUCGGUCCGUGCAGACCUGGUCGCCUAUCGCAUGAGCAUGAUCUACAUUAUCAGCCUUUUCUGUUGUCUCUGGAAUCUGAAGCCGAUGGUGAACAUCCCAUGGUUGAUUCUGCUAUGCCUCUCGUCCACCUACACGCUGAUGGUCGGGGAGAACACAGAGGAAAUCCAGAGUUAUGAUUACAGCUCCGAGCAGAUAUUGAGCGACGGGUUUCAGAACAUGAUUCUCCUGGUGUGCAUGCUCAUCGCGUUUAGCCGCCUCCUGACUUACAUCGUUCGCCUGGAGCUCCAGUCCAAGUUAUCCAGGCAGGAGCUCCGGGCGGCCACCUCGGUGCUCGGCUGCGUGUGCGAGGUGGUGGUCGAUCUCGACGAGGAGUUCAGGCUGCAGAGGCACUCGCAGGAGCUAGCUGACAUGCUCUUCCUGAAUCCCCAGCGCAGUCUCAAGCAGGAAGACAUCCGCUCGUUCUUGGUGUCCGAAUCCGACAGCAGCAAGUUCACAGAACAGAUGGGGAAGCUGUUGCUGCGGGACUGCGGGGAGGAGCACUCAGACCUGAGCAAGACCUUCCAGGUGCUGAUGAAGGACAGCACGGGCAUCCCCGUGAACGUGCACGUGUUCGCCGUGUCCUACUUCAGCCAGGGCGGGCUCCCGGCCUUCAAGGUGGGCGUCCUGGAGGUGAGCGACUCCGACUCCAUGCGUCUGCCAAACCUGGGGCGCCUGGCGGAGACCAGGCAGCUGCGCCGGCGGGGUCGCCGGCCAAAGCAGGACCUGCAGGGAACGCCGCCGGGGCCGCCCCCUGGUGGUCCACCAGAGGACGCUGGAGACAGCAGCGGCAGCAGCAACGGCAGCAGCAGCGGCGGCGACCUGGGCGCUCUGGACCUGGAGCAGUCCCUGGGCUCGGAUGCUCCAGGCUCGACGUUCUACAACGAUUUCGAGGGGGACGCCCCCGCCUUCUGGUUCGACGCGCUCUCGGCUGGCUACGAGAUUCUGUGCUUCUCCGACAGCUUCCAGCACUGCUUCGGCACCUGCGAGGACGCGGAGUUUCUGAGCUGGGUCAAGAUGAACCAGCGCGAGCAGUUUGUGCAGUGGGUCCAGGAGUCGUAUGUGGCGCUCCUGGGCCUCCAGGGCGACAGCUCCCCCUCCACGGAGAUUUUCCCGCGCCCCCUCCACUUCAUGCCGACCCACCUGCGCCAGCACCGGCUCGCCUUCUCGGCCACGGUGUUCCUGGACCUGGCCGACAUCCCGGACACCUCCAAGCGGAGCCGAGGCACCGUGCGCGUGACCUUCAGCAGCAUCGGGCGCUGCACGACCAGCGGCGCUCGACGGAGCUCCCGUGGCCCCCGCAGCAGCGGCUGGCACGGCCGAGGGCCCAGCUGGCCGCGGCAGCCCGACGGGGCGUCGCACCCCAGCGGCGGGACCUCGGCCACCCUCGAGGCCGCAGCCGUGGGGCGGCGCAGGGCCGACAUCCUGUGAGCCGCGCCAGCACCGGGGCUCGCCGUUUCGCUCACAGCGAUGCCUUUUGCUGUCGUUCAUAACGACGCGAACUGCUGUACAGUACUGCUCAACUCCGCCUCCUCCUCC